AUGACUGAACCUGAAGCUUUCGAAGAUGAUCUCUUCGCCGACCUCUAUGCCGAUGAUGCGCCUGCUGAGCCCGCAAAGGUACCUGAGAAGCCUGCAGCCCCGACGAACCCUACUCCUGCUCCAGUCGAAACGCGCGAGGAGCAACCUCCUCCCCUUGAUCAAAGUGGACAUGACGAUUCCAACAUGGGUUAUGACGAAGACGAAGAAGAAGAAGAUGAUGUAGACUUCAAUUUGGGAAAUGGGACCUCCUCAGCUCCGAACAACAGCAAUGCAGAACGUCCCUUACAAACACAUGCGCCCGCAGCACCCACUCCCCAACCUGCGGCAGGACGAGGUCCGAACUCAAAGGAAGAUGGCAAAAUGUUUAUAGGAGGUCUUAACUGGGAGACGACGGAUGAAUCACUUCGGGAAUAUUUCUCCCAAUUUGGCGAAGUCAUCGAGUGCACCGUCAUGCGCGAUGGUACCACUGGCAGGUCACGAGGUUUCGGCUUCUUAACGUUUAAAGAUCCCAAGACGGUCAAUAUUGUUAUGGUUAAAGAGCAUUACCUGGACGGCAAGAUUAUCGACCCGAAGCGUGCCAUCCCACGAGAUGAACAGGAGAAGACCAGCAAGAUCUUUGUCGGAGGUGUCAGCCAGGAGACUACAGACCAAGAGUUCAAGGACUUCUUCGCACAAUUUGGUCGCGUCGUUGACGCGACAUUGAUGAUGGACAAGGAUACCGGGCGGCCGCGUGGCUUUGGCUUUGUGACUUUUGAGUCGGAAGCCGGCGUCGAAGCGUGUUUGGCGCGGGACCUUGAGAUUCACGGAAAGCUGAUUGAAGUCAAGAAGGCUCAGCCGCGUGGCAACCUUCGCGAGGAGGAAGAAGCCAACAGGCGGAACGGCGGCCCCGGCAACAAGUUUAGGAAACAAGGCGAAGGCCAGGGUGAUGCCAGCGGUGCCGGGGGCCCGGCCGCUGGGGGUAUGACGCCGCAGAUGAUGGCCAACUACUGGCAACGUAUGCAGCAGUACUUCCAGAUGAUGCAGCAGCAGAUGGCGAUGCAGCAACAGCGCAAUAUGGGAUUCCAGAUGAACCCUCAGAUGAUUCAGAUGAUGCAGAUGCAGCAGAUGAUGGGCCGCGGCGGCCCGGGUGGGCAGAACCCAAUGGCUGCCAUGGCCGCUAUGAACCCCCAGAUGAUGCAGCAGAUGCAACAGAUGAUGGGCCAGCAGGGUGGAGGUCCUGGCGGCAUGCCUGGCGGUGGUCCCGGCGGCGACCAGUCUGGCGAUCAGGAGGGCGACGGGGAUGGGAACCGUGCACCAUUUAACGCGUACGAUCAGCAGUCGUUCGAGGAGCAAAAGUACAACAACCAGCACCAACAGCAGAGACACAUGCAGCAGCAGCAACAACGCGGUGGCUUUGGAGGUCCUCAGCAACAGCACCCCCAGCAGCAGAUGCAGCAGAUGCAGCAAGGCGGAUACAACAACCAGCAGUCAUAUGAGGGCAUGUACGACGACGUGCCUCAGGCAAACAACUUCAACCAGGGAGGUGGCCGUGGCGGCUUCAGGCAACGGGGCGGACACCAUAACCACUUCAAUAACAAUAAUAACAACAAUAAUGACCCUGCCAACGCACCUCCGCCGAAUGCCCCUACUGGACCCAAGAAUGCGGGCAAGCCAGGCUCAAACUACCGUGGCGGCGGUCGAGGAAUGAGCAGGGGCUUCCAUCCCUAUGCCCGCGGCUAG